ACAGAAUGGAGGAGUACGGUACUAAUUUUCUUACCUGGAUGAGGUUCUUCACCACGAAGGAAAUGCCUAUUUGCAGUAAUUAUAAUGGCCUUCGUAUAUCUUUAUCAUUCACUAAUCUGCAGAAUAUAUACUAGCCUCCAUAAAAUUCUUAUUCUACAAAGCAUAUAGCUGCCCAUGAAGAUGCCUAUUCUUUGUAUUGCAUAUUUCCAAUCUAUCUUCAAUGGACGAAUCAACCACGUCAGGCACAGCCAAGGAAGCUAAAAUCCAUCAACCAUGUCAUGAACUCACAGUUUCUUUAUCCUCACCGGCAGUAGCAGCACAACCACGACCGUCGCCGAUCCGGCUAGGAUUCCAGGAAGUGGGGGAUUCAUCAGAUAACGGGGCCACCGGCUGUACCAACAGUCUAUCCAGACAACCAGAUGGCGGCGGCCACAUGGAAUGCCGCCAAUCAACACCCUUACCUCCAAUUCUCCCCUCUGGAGAAGCCCAGCAACAUGCCUUGUGAGCAUGUCGUGGACAAGUUCAAUUCCUGGAGCAGAAAAGCAGAGACCAUUGCCCGCAACAUCUGGAACAAUUUGAAAAUGGGGCAGUCUGUACCGGAAGCAGCCUGUGGCAAGGUCAAUUUGAUGGUCAAGGCUGCAACGGAGGGCGGGUUUGAGUCUAUUUUCAAGCAGUCCUUCACAACUUACCCGCAUGAGAAGCUGAAGAAGGCUUUUGCUUGUUACCUCUCGACGACAACUGGUCCAGUUGCUGGAACCCUUUUUCUCUCAACAGCCCGGGUGACUUUCUGCAGUGACCGGCCCUUGGUUUUCAUUGCUUCGCCCGGGAAGGAGGCUUGGAGCUACUACAAGGUUGUGAUCGAACUACCAAACAUUACCUCGGUGAACCCUGUUAGCAUGAGAGAAAAUCCCUCGGAGAAGUAUAUACAGAUUGUGACCGUUGAUGGUCACAGCUUCUGGUUCAUGGGAUUUGUUAACUUCCAGAAAGCGUCACAGAACCUCUUGGACAGUCUUUCAGAAUUCAGAGGAGUUGGACAUGCAGCACAACCAGUGGCUAGAUAGUCAAGAACGAACUCAUAAUUUUCAAUCAUCGGUAAUUUGCUGGGUAAGUAUGGAGGCUCAAGAUAGAACAAACUUGAUAGAGCAUUCAAAUAAGAGUGAUAAGGUUUGAAGUGCUAGAAGUGUGCUGUCUGGUGGAAUUCUCAACCGUUGGUGACUUGUUUGUAAUUGCCUAUGGUUAUAGGUUUGUUAUUUUUAUUCACUUGUUGUGUGAAGGGAUUAUUGUACUCACUUCUUGUGUGAGGGGAUUAUUUUACUCACUUGUUGUGUGAGAGAAUUAUAUUUGCUAGCA